AUGUCUUGGGACAGAGGACAUGCUCGAGCUUUGCCGGAUACUGAGGAAAUUGGAAGACCUCCUGCAUAUCCAGCAGGAAAUGAAGACAAGCCUCCUGCCUACUCAAUAAGGCCGCCUUCAUUGCCGGCGCCGGCUCACCAUGCUCAAUCUACUCGAUAUUCUCACACCACAUCUGCUGGAAGUGCGCACAUGCCUAAAACCAUUCGACAAGCAAACCACAAAAGAAGACUGAUUGAUUGGUGCUAUUGGUUUAAAUGGAUCUUCUUCGGUGCCUGUGUCUGUGCUGCAGUCUUCACCGGUUUAUAUGUAGGACUUGGUGUUGGAAAGGAAAAAAAUCAGAGCGACCGUUCUUCAGUAUAUCCUCCAAUUCGAAAUGACACGCUUUCCAAUGCGACAAUAUAUGAUCUCGCAGCAGCUGAGUGUGAGCCUGGCACUUUCAUUCUACACCAAGACAUGUUUGGCGAUGUCUGGAUCCGAGGCGAACUGCACAAUUCGUUGGUGGCUGAUACAUUUUCUAUGGCUCCCACGAAACUCUACUUUGCGGGUUCUCUAUCGCCUCAAAAGCCAACAAAUAUAACUGCUGUAUGUUGGCCACUGCCCAGCAUUGAUACUGUUAGAGUAGCCCUUUACUUCGUCAGCCCAUUUCCAGAUCCCGCAUUUAAGUAUUCGAUCAUUGAAACUAUCAUCGACAUCUACACCACAAACUUGACGCUUGUUGACUAUCCGGCAUUCUCGGAUACACACCGAGCGAUUAUCAAGGUUCAUACCGCGUCAACAGUCGCUGCAGUCAUCCUUCCCAGCGAAGGCGUACGUUUAUACUACUCCGAACUUCUCCCCGACAGCAAGAAAAUUGGCGUCAUGGAAGUUGCCAGAGGAUGGCCCGAACCAACGGAGUAUUUUGCUGGCGCAUCACAGAACACACGCGAUCUACAUGCGAAGGCUUAUCGAACGUGGUCUGCACUGACAGCGGCAGCUGUGGAUAGGAAUGAUGGCACAACUCCUGUUGAAGUCCAUGUGUUUUUUGUGGAUAACAAAUCGAGGCUAUCCAGGGUCGUUCGGAAGGGUGCUGAGACGUGGCCCGCACAACCCUUAGCUCAGUACUCCACUGCCGGGGCCUCGGAAAUCAAGAUUCAGAAAAUGAUCGCCAUAAUGCCCCACAUUACGAAUGGCCACCCCGAACCCGACCUCUUCUUCAUCAAUAACAACCGAGUGACCGAUAUCUUCGGCAACCCUAAUCCUCCUACAGGCGAGGACAUCUCCGAAGCUUCGUUAGUCUAUAUCACAGCACCUAGAGUUGUUGGCGGCGACGUUCCCGGCCCUACCAGCAUCCCCCAAGCUGUACAGUAUCCGUCGCUAUUAGCUGUGACGUGCUGGAACUUCAAUGACAAUCGUACGAUGGGUCUAGGUACUCGAAAAUCGCCCAGUGUACCGAGCAGAGAACGCUUGCAGUUGUUCUAUCUGAAGCAAAGUGCUACUUGGUAUGAUAAAGGAAAGACAUACGAGAAUGUACAGAGUCUGGGGCAGGGGAUCGUGAAAGUUACAGCAAGAAGUGAUCCUUACCUAGGAUACUCCUGGAAUUUGAACGAAGUGGCAAAUGGGACGCGGUGA